AUGUCAACAGGAGGCCUGAAUAUCGUCAUAGUAGGGGCAGGGAUUGCUGGCCUGACCGCAGCCGUCGGCCUACGUAAGAGCGGUCACAAAGUGACUCUACUCGAGAGAUCUUCCUUGGUCCAGGAAGUCGGGGCCGCAAUUCAUCUUGCCCCGAAUUGUAGCGGGAUCCUGAAGCGGCUUGGGGUGUCUUAUGAGAGCGUUGGCGCGAAUCCAACCAACGGGAUGGCGGAAUACGACUUUCAAGGAGUGAAGCGCUUGGAGAUUGAGUUCGUUGGAGCUGCCAAGAUGUGGGAAAAUCCCUGGCUUCUCGGUCACAGAGUUUCACUACAUAAUGAACUCAAACGACUUGCUACUGGCCCAGAUGGUGAGGGGAUGCCAGCAGAGCUACGACUUGACGCUCGCGUGGUUGACGUUGAUACCGAGACCGCGACCGUAACGCUGGAAAACGGCUCCGAGAUCAGAGGAGAUUUUGUCAUUGGGGCCGAUGGUGUCAGUUCUGCUACAAGGCGUGCGGUGGCCGGUGACACUACCAAACCCUUUUCGUCCGGGAAGAGCGCAUUCCGAUUCCUUGUACCCAAGGAUAAAGUCCUCGCCAACCCUGACGUUAGGCAUUUGGUUGAAAAGGAAGGCUACAUGGUCAUCUGGUACGGCUCAGACCGGCGUCUGAUCAUGUAUCCGUGCUCCAAUAAUACGACCAUGAAUUUCGUGGGAAUCCAUCCAAGCCACCUUUCAGCCGCUUCCAAGGGGGAGGACCCUAGCACGCUAAUGGUCUGGACAUUGCUUGAUAUGGAGGAAUUAUCACACUGGGUGAAGAAUAAGGUGGCAUUACUUGGAGACGCUGCUCACCCUUUUCUACCUUACCAAGGGCAAGGCGGAGGCAUUGCGAUCGAAGACGCUGCCUGCAUAAGUGUACUCUUUCCGCCCAACACGCCAAAGAAUGAGAUUUCAGAACGGCUCGCCCUGUUCGAGAAGAUACGAAUGCAGCGUGCCCAUAAGGUUCAGUAUUUUACUCGACUGGCCGGUGCUGAUAUCGACGUCAGGAACGACAAGCUCAACAUCAACGAGUUCACCAACUACAACUUUGGACAUGACGAGUGGCACAACUCCACUCAUGAACUUCGCAAGUGGCUCUGGUGUCGCAACGGAAACACAUAUAUGCGUCAGCCCACGUCUUUCGGGCCCAUGAUCAGCCCCCGCCAGGAUCACUACGGCAGACCAAUACCUUCAAAGAACGCAAGGUUCAGGACAUACUCGAUCAAGUUCAAGUCGUCUGUCACUUACCUGCGCACGCUCUUCCCAAGCCCGAGUUACAGCUUCACAAACCCAGGGACUCUCGUCAACGCCACGUUCGUCUGCACCGAGCUGAGCAACCUGGACUGGCUGGCCGGCGGCGGGUAUACCUUGUUUGGCCUAUGGAUCCACGGUGUUAAGUACACCAGGAGGGACAAAUGGGAGCUCUUUGGGUCUUUCUUGCCGGUGCUGUUUGAGAAUCUGGCUGACCCAGUCAUCACCGGCAGGGAGGAAGUGGCCAUGCCGAAGCUGUUCUGUGAUAUCGAUGUCGUUCGUGAUGAGAAAUCUGUCAAGAUGACGGCCGGGUGGAGGGGAGCCCAAUUCUUUAGCUGGGAGAUGGAUGAUUUGUCCGAGAAACCCGAAGACCGGUCGGCUGGCGUCACUAACACUACCGAAGUAGUCGUGCCUGCGGCGAUGGGUCCUCCACCACCUCCGGAGAAUGGUGUUCUGGUACACCGAUACGUCCCUGCUGUAGGUCAGAAGGGUACUGCGGAUGCGAACUAUGCAGUCUUCAUCAGCAAAGAAGGAGCUACAACUGAGCGCGUCGUCGAGAAGACGCUGACCGCACGAGAGGCACGCGUCACUACACAGGCAGGAGACUGGAGAACCUUGCCGACGCUGCACCAUGUGGCGACUGCGCUGGCCGAGGUGCCCAUCUACGAGAUUGUCGAGGCCAAGAUUGAGGAAGGACGCGGUAUCGAGGAUUUGUCACAAGCCGUUCGCAUAGAGUAG